AGAAACAAAAGGCGCAUGAUCUCAAACGCGUAUUUAGGUCUGAACCAAUCUCAGAUGACUACAGGUAUUUUAUGGCAUUUACUGGAUAAGAGAAGACCAUGGGUAAUGCAUGGGCUAAGGACCACCAUGUUUGUGGACUUACCUGUCGGGGUCCUCUGACAUUCCACCCUGGGGCAGUGGGUAAGAAGAUCACCCUCAGCCAUGGGAACUGCAGGGCCUCGAGAGACCUGGAGACCUUCAGGGACGGCCUGGUGUUCAGCAGUCGCCCAGUGAAGUCCAGGGAGAAGGUCAAGUUCCGGGUGGAGCGCAGCCUUCUAGCCUGGAGCGGUGGUGUGCGGAUCGGCUUCACUAAUGUGCACCCUGCCGCUGGGCCACUCCCGCCCAUGACCAUUCCCGACCUCACAAACAGGCUUGGAUACGGGGUUAAGCAAGUGCCUCAGAGUUACUGCUCACCUGGUUCCAUGAUCACCUUCUGGAUGGAUCCAACCGGAAAGCUGUGUUACAAGACAUCCACUGGAACAUUCGACUGUAUACAGACUAAUUUGAACCUCUCUCGACCCCUCUGGGCUAUUAUUGAUGUCUACGGACAGUCCACCACAGUGUUUUUACUCGGUUCUAUAAGGAGAACUUCUCUGAUUAUUCAAAAAUCCUGCCCCGUACCUCGUGGCACAUUUAAAUGUGGAUAUGAAGAUACUCCACCUGAGUUAAACAAAAGGAUUGAGAUGAGUCAAAACAAGAAGAAACAGUAUCAAGAGGCCCAAAGCAACAAUGGCAGUUCUUUGACAUCAGGGUGCAGGCAGGAGGAAUUGUGCGCUGUGUGUCUGGACCAUGAAGCUGAUCUGACCCUCCUCUGUGGACAUCGCUGCUUGUGCAUGCCCUGUGCUGACAGGGUGCUUGCAGAGUUCGGCACAUGUCCACUGUGUCGGCAGAAUAUCUAGAAUCUUCCAAUUGAAUAUGGAGCUGCUGAGGUGCACAAAGACCCAUAAGGACAUUGACUGGUUUCAGUCUAGAUGCAUUUGGAAAAUUGUAGCAUACCCUUCCCUACCUCACACAGUAAUGCAUGUACAGUCGUUGCAUUGUGCACAGCAUUUCCAGGACUCCCUUGAGGAUAAUCAAGUUGUUGGUCAAGUGUUAAUUGUUUACAUAAAGUAUAAGCUACUUUGUAAAUAUCCUAUUUCAUUACUUGCAAAUAUGUGAAUAUUAUGUAAUUUGUAGGCUAUAUCUGUGGAUAUGUGUAUUUAAUAAAUAAAUCAUGACAUACAAAAUAAAUCCCUUGGUGUAUGGCUGCUCAGAGAGACAGAAAAAGAUACGAUACGAAGAUACAAAUAGAGUUUUUUUCCCUGUUAGCAGUGUGAAUGCUGCCAUGCAGUUCAUUUCCCGCGUUAUUCAUCUCAAAAAGUGAAACUUUCACAUGAUCUUUAUUUAUUACACAUAAAGUGAAAUAUUUCAAGCAUUUUUAACCUUGCUUAUUCUAAUCUUGAGGAUUACAGUCAGCUGGAAAUAGGCCUAAUAAAAAUCAUGUACCUCAAAAUAUUAGAAUAAAGAAAUUCUAAUACAGAAAUGUCUUGAAAAGAU